AUGGAAUAAAAUAAUUUUGAAAGCAAAUCUUUGAAGUAUAGAGGGAAGGAUGAAAAGAUGACAAUUCGAAUGAAUCAAAAUCAAAUCAUAGUAGUACUUGAACCAUCAGAUUUAUAAUAAGCAAUGAAAUUAUAGAUUGAAUAGAUAAAGGAUAAAGCAGCUAAUAAAAAUUAUAAUUGGGAAAUCUUCGAUAUAAAACAGGUAAGAUAAGUAACAUAACUAAGGAAAUUGGAGCUGGGACUUUCGGAUAAGUGUUUGCAUCUUUGGAUUAAAAAACAGGAAAGAAAUAUGCUUUGAAAUUUAUAGGAUAUGAUGAUGAAAGUGAUUAAGAUCCAGAAUUUAAAGCAGCAGUGAGGGAAAUAGUUAUUAUGCAAACUUUAUCAUAAACUAGUUGUUAAGGGUUACUUAAGAUUUAUGAUAUUUAUCCAUGUAUAAAGGAUGAUAACAAAUAUCUAGUAAUAGUGAUGGAAUUAUGCGAUUGUAAUUUAAUGGAACUUUUAAAGGUAUAAUUUCAAGGUGUAAUACAAGGUAAGAAUAGAAGAAAAUAAAACUAAAUGGACUGAUGAAGAAUUACUCUAUAUUUUACAUUAAUUAAUAGAUGGGUUCGUCAUUAUGAAGAAACAUAAUGUCACUCAUCGUGAUAUUAAACCUUAAAAUAUUCUGUAUUGUUAAGCAGAUAAAUCCUAUAAGAUUGCUGAUUUAGGAGGAGCCAAGUUCUUAAAACCAAAAUAGACUUAAUUAAAUACUGUUCGUGGAUCUCCAGCUUAUUGGGCUCGUAUUUAAUUAUAUAUUAUUUUUAAUUAGCUGAAAUAUACUUUUUUUGUGAUUUACAAAAGGACAAGGAAGGUCGUUUCUUUGUUGGCAAAUAGCAUUUAAAUUAUGAUCCUUAUACAUCUGAUGUUUAUUCUAUUGGAAUCACUUUUUUAUUAAUGCGCAAGUUGAUUCCAAGAUUGGAUAGGGAAUCUCUUAAGAUUGAAAUUGAAAUUUUAAGGAAACUUAAAUCACCUUCUAUUUUUGAAUAGAUUCUUAUUAAAAUGUUAGAAUAGGAUGAUCAGAAACGCAUUUCAUUUGAAGAUUUAUUAUUAUUGAUUUCCUCUUAUAAAGAUUUAUUCAAAAAACCAAAUGAAGAUGUUUUUGUUAAUUGUUUGAAAACUUAAUAAGACAAGAAAGUAAAAAUUAUCUGUAAAAUUUUUUUAGAAUUUAAGUCCCUAAGAUUUGAUGAUGAGAGAAGUCAAAUUAGCUGAAGCAUAUGAAAAAUUGAAUUUACCUGAACAUGCUAAAUCUCAUUAUGAACUGGCUUUAAAAUAUGCUAUUAAAUUAUCUAAAGAUAAUGCCAAAGCAGAUAUUAUGAAUAGUUUAGGAACUGUUAAUUGUGAUUUAGAAUAAUAUGAAGAGGCUGAAAAGAACUUUUGUGAAUCAGUUGCAUUGUAUAAAAAGUUGAAUGGAGAUAAACAUUCAUCUGUUGCUGAUGGUUAUAAUAAUUUAGGAAUUGUUAAACGUAAAAAAGGUGAAUUUGAAAAAGCUAUCAAACAUUAUGAAUAAGCUUAUCAAAUUAAAGAAAAAAUUUUUGGAGAAAAUAAUUUAGGAGGAGCUGUGAUUUUAUAAAAUAUUGCUAUGGCUCAUAAGAAAUUAAAAAACUAUGAUUAAGCAAUCAAAUAUUUUAAGAGUGCCUUAUAAAUCAAAAAAUUAUUAUGUGGAGAUCGUAGUCCUAUUCUCUGUUCUACUUAUAAUAAUUUGGCAAGAGUUUAUUAUGAAAAAUAAUAAUUUGAUAUUGCAAUCUCUUUUUAUUCAAUUACAGCUGAAAUAUAUGGAAAACAUCAAUAAACAAAUCAAUAAAGAUUAUCUGAUACUCUUUUUGAAAUUGCUUUAUGUUACUAAAAAAUAGGUAAAUCGGCUGAAACGAUUAAAGUUGCCUAAGAAUCAUAUACAUUAAGAAAAUAAAUCUAUGGAUAAUAUGCUAAACAAACUGUGAAAAGUCAGGAGUUGUUGUCUCAAAGCUUUUUAGAAGAAGGUAAAUAUGAAGAAGCAUUAUAACAUUAUAAUUAACUUAAAUAAUUUUAUCAUGAUAAUUUAGUCAAAUGUACAGUUGAUGAGAGAUUUGAUAGCAUGGCCGAUAUUCUUAAGAAUAUAGGUGCCUCUUAUAUGGGGAUACAGAAGUACAAUAAAGCAUUAGAGUAUUACUAAGAGGGUAUAGAGUUACUUAUGAAGAGAGGUGAUAAUGAAAGUACAAGAUUGGCAAAAAUUUAUUACAACGUGGGAUUGGCUUAUAGAAAGAUGAAAGAUUUCAAAUAAGCUGAACUAUAGUAUAAAACUGCAGCAAGUUUAAUUUCUAAUAGCAAAUCAGCAUCAGAUUUGAUUACAUUAGGGGAUAUAUACAACAAUUUUGGAGUGUUGUAUGGAACAUAAGAUAAAUUUGAUUAAGCUAAGAAAUUCUUUUAAAUUUCCUUAGAAUAUUACUAAAAGGUAUUAGGACCUAAUCACAGUAUAUGUAAAGAAGUUUAAAUAAAUAUUAAAGAGUUAGAAAAGUGGUUAUCAAAAUGA